AUCAUGUUCGGCUUGGCGUAUUUGGCAUACAUGGGCAGCGAACUAUUUCAUUUCUCCGGAAUCAUUGGCAUUAUUGCAUGUGGUUUAUUCCAAACACACUAUUCAUGCGGAAACAUUUCGAAUAAGUCGUUUAUCAAUAUUGUUAAACUAGUAGCUAGGUCAUCAAAUAACGAGACCAGCCCUACUCAUCUGUUUGCCGAUCCUGCAGUCGGAGGAACGAUUAAAACGUUGGUGCGAUAUCUGAACAUCCGCUUAGCUCGAAAAGAAGACAACUUCCGGCUGUUCAUGGAAUUUAACCGCGGAAUGAUCGGUCACAUGACACAGGGCAUCGAAGAUCUCUGUGGGUAUAAGGAUCGUAGCGUGGCGGUGAGUGAUCUUCACUUUGCUGAGCGUAUUUUCGAAGGCCUAUGUACGGCCACUAGUUCAAAGAGACUACAAAAAACAAUGCGGUCGAGUCCGUCACAGAGUUCAUUCAAGCGGCAGCAGACUGUGGACGAAAUGGCAGAGAGUGGUGAAAUUCCUCGAGACGUACUUGAAGAAGAAGAAUUUUUCAUCAACAAGAAGGAGGAUAUUGAAAAAGAAACCCUGAUGCUCACCAAAGACAUUUCAAACAUACGGCAGCUACUGCACAACCCAUUUGAAGAAGUUCGUAACCAUUUUUCAGUUGUAUUUGUGAGCACGCUAAAGAAAGGCUAA